AUGAUAGACAACAAUGACACUUGUAACAAUCAACCUCUACUGAGAAAGACUUCUAAUAUCUAGACGGUAGGGCCUUACAGACUUACAAAAACACUUGGAUCUGGUUCUUUUGGUAAAGUAAAACGUAAGUAACUUGAAAAUUGUGAAUAACGUUUUGGAAUAGUUGGAAUCGAUGACUAAAAAAAGAAAAAAGUUGCAAUAAAACUAAUAAAUAAAAGCACCUUGAGAGAGUAAGGGGGUAAACUUAAUAAGAAAUUGAAGAUUGAAAUUGAAACCAUGAGACGCCUAAACCACACAAACAUCAUACAACUUAUCGACGUCAUUGAAACAGAGGAAAAUGUAUGCAUUGUAAUGGAAUACUGCUAAUCAGGUGAAUAUUUUGAACUUAUAUAAAAGCAAGGAAAGGUAUUCUUACAACUAAAGUAACAAUUAUAGUUAUCAGAAACUGAAGCCAAAAACUAUUUUUGCCAGCUAAUAUCAGCAUUGAAAUAUUCACAUGAGAAUGGAGUAGCUCAUCGAGACUUAAAACCAGAAAAUAUUUUGAUAGAUCAGAAUGGAGUGCUGAAACUGGCUGAUUUCGGACUUGCAAGCUUGAUGAAAGAUGGAUUUCAUUUAAUGACGUCAUGCGGUUCUCCAAACUAUGCUGCUCCAGAGGUCAUUAAUGGAGUCUCUUAUGAUGGGAUGGCAGCUGACAUUUGGAGCAGUGGAGUAAUAUUGUAUGCAAGUCUCACAGGAAGUUUCCAUAUGCCCCCUUACUUAUCUGAUGAUGCUUCUGACCUUAUCAACAGAAUGCUACAGAUAAACCCCAUCAAAAGAAUACAGAUGAAGGAGAUACUUAACCACCCAUGGAUUACAAAUUUCAAGCCUGCAUUUAAAUAAAGAUAUGAUUUGACUCAGAAUCAGACUCAAAGACUCCAAAAAGUGCUACUUAGGCAUAAAUCAGGAAUAAACAAAUAAGAGUUUGAAACUUUAAGUCUUUGCCCAAAGAUAAUAAAAUCUCAAGAGAGCAUGUCAACUUAAUCCUCCUCAUCUUCAUUUUCGUGUGCAUUAGACGCUGAAGAUAGGUAGUUUUUCUUUCCUGAAGAAUAAGAAAAAAUAAAGAUCAUGAACAAGUCAUCGAGUUUAUUAUUCUAAAAACAUUCUCCUUUACCAGACUCAAAGCAUAUCAAACUUAAGGGAGACUUGAAUUUAUGCAUGGAAAAAGUAAAGAUUUUUUUGAAUUCAAUAAAAGAUAAGUAUGAAUGGAAAUUCAGCGAGAGAUCUUUAAGAUUUUAUAAUACUACUAAUGAGUAUUAGCUCAGCACUAGUAGUUAGAAUUCUUACUACUAGGAAGAGAAUAAGAUGGCCGAAGGUGACAGUAGAUUUAGAGCAGUAAACGUAGAAAAUCUUGAAUAAGAGCACGUCCUUAUAAUCAGAGCUGAAGUUCCCACUCAUUCUCCAAUUAAAUCUACUUAAUCUACUAAUUAAACUUCUACUUCUAAUACAAAUAACCAAACUUAACCUGAUCAUAAUAUUUUUGUUUUAAGUGAGCUGGCUUUAAUGGCUUAGAAACUUUAAAACUUGUAACUAUGA